UUAUUGGUUACUUAACCAUUUUUUAUUUCAAUUUAUAUAUUUGUUGUAAGUAAUCAUUUUACUCACAGGUUCUAAAUGAGAUUUUAUUUAAUGUGACGUGCCGUGUCGUAAGGCUGGAACAAAAGAGUUUAAGACAAUUGUGAAUAGCAUCCAAUCAAAGUUAUGUUUCUGAAAGUAUUAUUUUGCAGUUUUGACGUGACGGGAUCUAAUGCAUUGGGAAAAAAAAUUGAUGACUAUUGUGUUUACUUACUGAAUACGUGGUUAAGACUUAAGGUGUCGGAGUGCAGUAAUAAUAUUAUAACCGCUACAUGAAUCGCCAAAAAUAUAUAGUUUCUCCCCAGAUUGACUCGGUUGUUGAGGUGAGUUUGUGAGAUGCACUAAGUGAAGCUGGUAAAGUGGGAGGUGCACAAAGUGAAGCUGGUAAAGAUAGUGUGAGACGCACUACGUGAGGCAGCCACCAGUUUCCCCGCCAAUAAGCUGCUCGUCAUUGUGUAACCACUUUUGUCAUGGCGUCUGCUUCAUGUCCUUUCGUCAUGCAUGUGACGUCACGCGCCAUCGCUCACGUCUCUCAUGGUCGUAACUCCAUAACAUCAGCACCUAUUUCCUGACAUCGUGUCUUUGCUGGUAGUUUUCUUAUCGUCAGUGUGGACAUUAUCAUAGAAUAUGUUUCACGGGUUUAGGACAACGAAAUGAGAUGAUACUGUUUAAUGAAAGUAAUUUAACGGUAAUGUAAUUGCAUUCGUUGCAUUAUUUGUGUCUCCUUUAGUGGUUACUCAGCCAUUUACUGGAGACGCCGUGAGAAAUGUUUUAAGUGAUGUCAUUAUUAAAUUAAUUCUUACCAAGACGAAAAGUACAGUUGAAUUUCAUACUUGUUUUACCAUUAUUUACCCGCACUAUAUACAGGGUAUUGAACCAAUGUAAACCCGUAUAGCGAUGUUACUGAAUAGUGUGAAUAUCAGUAAAUCCGGUGUGACGCUUCCCGGAUACUCGUACGUCUAGGAGUUCGGUAAUCUUGUUGUGUCGCUGCUUUCGUCUUCCUGUGCAUUUUUGUAUCCGUCAGAAAUAUUACGUUUAUGGAUAGCGGUAAUAAUUUAUUUUCACUUGGAAAAAUUCCAUAUAUAUGUAUGUGUGUGUGUGGCUGGAACUUUCUGUUGAUUCCUUUGUUAAUGUUAUGAGAAAAUAGAAAACUUCUGGUGAAUAUUAUGACUAACUGAUGCAAGAAAUAUUUUGCUUUGCUUUUUUUAUAUUUAUGUUAAGAAUCUCAUAAUAUCACACUAUUCUUUACCGUGUUCGCUGGAGGGUUUACUUCCAGGCAAAAUUAGCAUAAACGCAUCACAAACAACAAUAAGGUUUUAUAUAUAUUUCCACUUGCCGGUAAAAUUAAAACAUCACAGUAGACGUGGCAUAGAAUAUAGUUAUAUUUUAAAAGGGGGGGGGGGGGAAUACGGUACUAUUAUUCUAAGAUGUGUGAUUUGAAGUAUCAAGGGACUUCGUAAAUACCCCGUAGCGUGCGUGAGGAUAGCGGGUAGGGGUGGUAGCGAACACCGGGACACUGGACUCCAGGAUGCGGGUGGACUUAAUUUUCUAAAAUACCAGCCUUUUGUCUCCAUUUUCAUCCUGGCCAACCAUUCAUUGCCGGAAUGAACAUUUCGUUAUUCAAUUGUCUAGUUUUCAGCACUAGAAAGUUGAUAUUUGUACGUGGUUUUAUAUUUAAUGACCUAGUUAUUUUUUUACUUAUUUUUAUUUCUUUAAUUUCGCGUAUUUGCUGUGUGGGAUAGAGUAAUUGUUUUAUAUAUUUCUUAUCAAAAUAUUCUAGUUUAAUCAUAAUAUGCUCAGUGAGUGUGAUAAUAAGUGGGAGAGGCGGAUGCACUCGUCAACCCCGCACUACAAAAACCUUCUUGGGUUGUCCGUGUGCGGUUUACUGGCGUCAUUUGUUCAGGUACGAUGUUUCUGGUUCAUAGAGCAGUCUGCCAGCCAGUCACACUUGUGAUUUUGCUCGAAAUUAGAUACUGGUGAAUAUAAUUUUUCAUGGUGAGGGAACGGUACUGGUUUUAGCUGGGCUAACUCCACAGUCAAGGAAUUUUAAUUUUUAGAAUUAAUUUUUUUUUGAGUACUGAAGUGAAGGAGUUAUUUUUAUAGUUUUGUGAUUUUUCCUGGUAUUUUUAUGUGAAUAUUUUUUUUACAUCUAAUACGUUUUUAGCAUUUAUUAAUUAUGGUGAUACUGUACUAUACAGAUGCCAGUUGACAUUGUUUUAAUUUUGUAUAUAUGUAUAUAUUUUUUUCAUAACAUAGGCCACAAGUUGUGUGUAUUGAGAUGAAUUUUGUUUGGUCACAUACCGGUAAUACUCACAAAUUUCCAAACGUCUACCGUGUAACAAUUACGUGACUCAAAACAAGCGCAUACUCGUCCUGUGGUACUGUACUGUAUCUUGCCAGCCCGCCUCUCCCACCGUCCACACUAGUUUUUGUGACCAGGACUCCCUGAUGCGAGACCUUUCCAGUGAGAUAUAGUUCUAUGUAUGAGUAAUUUGUGAGAUUACCUUGAAGAGAUAUACACACGUUCAUACAUAAUUGUGAGUGAAGGUUAGGUUGGAAGGAAGGGUUUAGUGUAUUGUAAAAUUUUCCAUGAAUAUUGAUGUUCUUGUUUAUUAGUUCUGUGUUAUUUUAUAUAUGGGAUUAGAAUAUGAAGGCUAAUGCAAAUUUUUCGUGUUAAAUCGAUUUUAAUAAACACUAUAAUGAUUCCAGCGAAUAAGUAGAAUUCUCUCUCAUUGUUUGAAUUCCGUACCCUUGAUGUUUCUAUCAAUAUUUUAACACAGUUCUGACAUUUUUUUCGUUCUAUCCAUCAUCACUUCACAACAUGACUACCCCACGAGAGUAAUGGACUGCCAAUAGCCGAGUUUGAUUUUUUAUGAACCGUCACGCGCCGCCAGGAACAAGGGCUCAGUUUACAUUGUCAGCGUGUAACUUUUAGAUUAUUCUCCAUAUUGUGUUUCAGCUGUACCUCACUCAAACCGAUCAUGUGUUUUAUUUUUAUUAACAAAUGGGUUUAAGUUUAUAUGCUUGUGAGUUCUUUACGUAUGUCUUGGUUUAUUCUUUUCCAUUCGGUUUUUUAUGUUUGUUGAACACUACUAAUCUUAAGUGGUUUUAUUUUUCGCUGGCAUUUUUAGUUCUACUGUCUUGUUAUAUCCUCCACAAACACAUAGAACAACAUCGCACCCACAGCUUGCAUGGUGAGAGAGGAACCCAACACUGGGAUGCCGUGACGUCAGGAUGUAAACAUUCCAUGGCAGCACAACACAUCCUCACUCGGCCAGCCGUGACCUCGUUAUACCAAGUAGGACGCCCCCGCCUUCAACGCCUCCGCCGGGGAUCCGAGCCUACCCAACCAGGAUCCGGGAGAAGACUGGCCGGACUGACGACCUCACCCGCUGGGAGAUACAGAGAGAGUUUAGGCUGGCUACAGAGGUUUGGGGUCGAGCUUCUCAACUUCAGUUUAUGGAACUUGAACACCAACCUGAGAAUGCAGACAUCAUCAUUGACUUCAAAACGAGCUACCACGGUGAUGGGUAUCCCUUUGACGGUCCGGGCCGCACCCUAGCACAUGCCUUCUACCCUGGCUGGGGUAUUGGUGGAGACAUGCACUUUGAUGAUGAAGAACCUUGGCAACAACACAAGGACUCCAACAAUACUUGGGAGCGAGUGAGUCUUUUCAUAACAGCUGCUCAUGAACUUGGCCAUGCACUUGGUCUCUACCACUCAGAUGUCGAAGGAGCCCUCAUGAGCCCCUACCUCAUCAAGUUCCCCACCACCUUCCGCUUACCUGAAGAUGACGUCCGAGGCAUUCAGGAGCUGUAUGGUGUGGAUGAAAACUGGCAUCAAGAAAGUUAUCCGAGCCCGACACCACCGUCAACACCUCGACCAGCGCCCACCAAGCCUCCCGUCACCAAGAAGCCAAUUAAACCUCGUAAAAAUAAAGGGAAGCCAGACACAUGUGAUACUAAUUAUGACUCCAUAUCUGUGAUAAGACGAGAAAUAUAUAUAUUUAAGGGCAAGUAUUUCUGGCGUUUAGAUUCAGCUGGAAAUUUGAGGCCAAAUUACCCUGCUGAGAUUACGCGAUUCUGGUCAAUGCUGCCAAAAAAUAUAACUCAUAUUGAUGCUGUGUAUGAGAGAGCCCACGAUGCUAACAUUGUGUUCUUCAUUGGGGAUAAAUACUACGUUUGUCUUGGGAACCACCAGCUACUGAAGGUGGGGAGGCUUAAACAUCUGGGCUUACCCGAGGACCUGAAGAAGAUAGACGCAGCGUUUGUCUGGGGAUACAAUGGCCGAACUUAUUUGUUUGCUGACACAAUGUACUGGAGGUUUGAUGAAACUAUACAGCACGUUGAGCUGGAUUACCCCCGUGACAUGGACAUGUGGAGAGGUAUUCCUUAUGGCAUUGAUGCUGCCUUCAAAUUUAAUGGUACAACAUAUUUCUUCCAAGGCAAAGUUUUCUGGGAGUUUGAUGACUUUCGCAUGAGAGUAAAGCCCAAAUCUCCCGCACUGUCUGCACCAUUCUGGCUGGGUUGUCCCAAUGUUGAGAACCCAUACUACAUGGAGCCAUCGGUUAGUAGUAAUACAAACUCAGGUCAUGUAACAUCAAGACCCACAAUAGCAUCCUAUAUUACAACAGUAUUCCUGCUCUCCUGGGGUAUGUCCUGCCUCAGCACCACUGUUCUAUGAAUAUCAGAAUACUGUAAAUAUUAAAUGUGAUCCAAAUCUACAGACCCCACAGAGUUCUCUAGUGAUCGUUUUUUAGUAGCUGAAAAAUUAACAUUAUUUAAUAUAAAAGUUAUAGUCUGACAUUACUGAAAAGGAGAUAUAGUAACUAAAUACUUGAUUGGCAUUCAGAAUCUUGUGACACCAACUUGAAAUGGGGGUCACUUACAGUACUUUCUUGUGUUUACAAAAUGCGGUAGUUCUCUGGCUAAAUGAUUCCUCAGUCUAUUAUACCUUCAGUCACUCUCAAUAGAUGACUGUGAACUACCGAAGCAAUUAUGAUAGUUUGGUGAAAUUAAUAUAUACCUGGGUACUACCAUGUAUAUUGAUUGAAAUUUUGGGGGUGUCUUCACUAUAUUUGAGGAGUGUUAGUGUAGUAGUGUUCUGUAUAUGGCAAGUACUGUAGUGAGUUUUGUGUAGACAGUCUUUUGUGGAUUUUAAAACACAAUUUCAAAUAAAAAAUGAAUUAAUUUAGUGAUAUUGUGAUAUUAAUGAGGUAUGUGAACAGUUAUAUGAUAGAUAAUGCCUAUGAUGGUUUAUUGAGUUUACAGAGAUAAUUAACAAUUUUGUGUUUAAUGGUCUGCUUCUUCUUGUCCCUGUAGUGAUGGGAAUAGGUGAACACUGUUACCUGUUCUACUGUUUCCUUUGAAAGUUUUGUGUUGCGAGUGUGAAGACGUCUUUCUGUUGUUGUCACAGUGAUGUGACAAGCUUAAAACUUUCUAUGAUGGCAGUAGUGUUAUUAUUUUUAGGACCAACUAUAUGAAUGUUAUUUUGUUUCAUCAUUGGUCUAGAGAGAAGAUAGUAAAGUAUAUGAUGAUCACUGACAUAAGGAUCUCAUUAUUUUUCAUGCCCAGUUUUCCUAUAAGUUUCAUUGUCUUAUGUACCCCAUAAAUGAUGGUAAAACAAUUAUACAGUUUACUUAAAGACUCAAGACCUGGAAAUUCAUAAAAAAGGCACUAUAAGGGGUACCGUGGCCACUUGUAGGACAACACUACUACCCAUAGCACUUGUGACAUUUCAAGCCUUAAGUUUUAGAAUACUCAUCACUCCCCUUUCUUCACAAUAGGUUUAUUUUUUAGGUCUGGUACUGUAUGUGAUUAAGAGAUGUCAUCAAGAGGCUACACACAACUCUUGCAUUUCAUAUACAGUACAGUACCUGGUAAUACUGGAACAAGUGUGGUCUCUGUACUGUUUGAAAUUAUAAAAUAGAAUUACUUGCUCUAAUACUCUGCUAAAAUGAAUAUGAUAUAGUGCAAGGCAUCGCUUAUAUAUGCUUCUCUUGGUGGCAGCAAUAUACUGUACAUGAUGUCUUACAACAAUGUACAGGUACCAUAUACACACUGCCUUACAGAGUGUCAUGGAGAUCAUGUGACUGAUUGUGUUAAACAACGUUGUCCUCACUUGUGAGAGACCUUGUACUGUAUUUACUUGAGCCUUGCCAAAAGAUUAUUAGGAAUACAGUAUAUUUCUGUAUGUGGGUACUGACUGAAGAAACUUCAUGUUUUGAUGUGUAAACUGUACACAUUUUAUCUUUAUUGUGCCCUAAAGUUCUCAUUGUUUAGAGGCUGUUUAUGAUGAACGUAUCACUGCUGUAUUACUAGUCAUGUUUACAAUAAUCCAACUUUUGUCUAAUUUAUUAUUAAGUAAGUGCUCAGCCAUUUCUUUCCUUCACCAGUAAAUUAUCCACAAUGUUGGGACCAAGGUCAGCCUCAUGUGUCACGGACUAUCUUGUUAAGGAAGACGCUUAAUGUUCUUUUCUUUUGUCAGUGUUUUGUUGUUGUUAUAGUAAAGGGAAGAGGUAUAUAAAUAUUUUGGUAGUUUUUAAUCAGUGGUAGAAGUACUAUAAAUGUUUCAUUCACUUUCUUAGAAUAACAAGUAUGAUCAGAGUGGCAGGGAUGAAUAUUCUUCUCCACAACUGUCAGUACUGUAACCUGAGUUGGUCAAAGUUGUUACAAUUUAAGGGGAAAAAUACCAUACUGGUCCCAUUUAUUACAUAAGGUUGGGAUAACAGAUAUACCUGGCAACACCGCACAAGUAAGGGCCUGCUGGCAGAAAGAAAACAUGGAAAAUUUUAUGUCGGUUAGUUAGGAAAGGCCGGCUUUUGGCUGACUAAUAUAGGUAAAAAAAUGUUUAUGAAUCCGUAUAAAAAUAAGUUGGAAUAUUAGUGAUUCUAAUUUAAUUUUAUAUCACACGUUUAGUGGUCGUUGUGUAGCUUAGAUCAUCAUUUAGUUUUAUGUUGCCUUUGUGUUUAUUUUAGUGUGAUACUGUAUGUAUAAUCUUGCCACAGUGAUGACUCCUGUAGGAGAACAUAUGCAUAACUACAGGCUGUCUCAAAAAAAAAAAAUAAUUACACACUGCUUUACAGAUAAUCCUGGAGAUUAUGUAAAUAUUUGUAUUACUACAGCAACAUUGUCCUCACUUGUUGAUGUGGAUUGUACAUCAACAAGCGAGAACAGUGUUGCUGUUGCAAUACAAACAUUCUUGUGAUCAACAUUAAAAUCUGUAAGGCAUUGUGUAUAAAUUUUUUGGGGGGACCCUGUAUUCCUUAAGCUGACCUUUAAGGUAUUUAUUAAGCUGUCAGUUUCUGAUGGUUAUUCUAGACAAAUUAUUUAUUGUUUACAAUGUAUGUGUUAACAGACUAAUACACAAACUGUGUAUACGCUGAGUAUUUUUGGGGUGUUGCAUCAAAUGAAUAAGGUGUUGGAGUACUGUACUUUUUUAUUAUGAUGAAAUAUGUAUACCACAUAGUAUCUUGCUUGCAUUAUGUACAUCAAACUAUCCAUGGAAGAUUGUCUGUUUUACCACAAUGCACUCAGUGUGUACAUAUUCCCACAUAAAUAAAUAUACAGUUCUGUAAUAAUACAAAUAGUUAUCCCUAUUGCUUGAGGAUGGCCGGCCCUAGGGCCACCUUGGUGUGAAUUUGUUUAAGGUGUAGAAGCUGUCGUCAACACAACAACCACACCUACUGUACUGGCUAACCAUUACCCCGGAACACGAUCCGCAAAUGGAUUAACAUCCAGGUCCCCUGUUCCUGCCUCACAGACAACCUUUUCCCAAUACAGUACUGUAGUUUUACUGUAGAUUAACCAUUAUUUCUUUGUUUCCCUUUUUAUUUUUAUUGUGUAUUUUCCCUGUUACCUACUUGCCUGUACAUUUUUUUUAAACAUAACCGCUCAAUUGUAUAACGAAGAAAUCAACAUGCAAACCAACAUCUAUGAUAAAACUAUUAAAAUAUGAUCUUAUCUAAAGUCUAUGUAAAAUAUUCUUGUACUUGAUCAUCUCACAGCAUUAGUCUCAAUACAGUACAAGUAACUGCUAGAUAAUGUUCCCAAAUAGAAAUACAGGUAGAAUCAUUUACUUAAAUGAGACACUACAGUACCAUACCUCAGUAGAUAAGUAGUUUAGACUCAUUUCAGCAGCAUCCAGUCUUGGGUAUGGAAAGGGACUUCUGUUUGUGAUGGGUAAAACAUUUUAUCUUCAACACAGCACAGAAUGUAGGGUUCGAUGUUAACCCGGGGUCUGGCGUAUAACAGUAUCUGAAGUACAGGUGUUGUAUUAAGUUAUGCCUUUUAUUACAUUUCUUAUAACAAUACAAAGAUUUAUAGGCAUGUCAUAUGGAUGAAGGUGAUUGCGUCCUUGAGAAGAUUAUAAAAGGAUAAAAUAUAACCAUAAGUUAGUAAAGAAGACUGUCCUAUAAGAGUGAAUGCAAAUAUGACUAGGUGAUAGUCUAGUUGUAGAAUUAGGCUCUUAAAGUGAAUCGUUUAAGGGUGGUGUGUAGUAUGAAGAGAUAGGAGGGAUAAGGAAUAGGUUAAUGUCAAGGAGAUGUAGGGUGGAUGUGAAAGGUUGGAGACAGGAGGUUGGCACAGUGUGGGUUUAGAGAGUUCCUUAAGGUAAUGUGGGAGAAGAUGAUGGAGGGUAGAAUGGCAGAAAAACACCUUAUUUUAUGGUAGGUGCAGAUACUUUAUUUUCAGAGCAAAAGUGUUAUAUAAUAUAGAAGAAAAAUCAUAUCUCACGACCAGGCCAAUACCGUCCCGAGUUUGUUAAGUUCUUAAUAUGUCUGUAGUGUAAAUAAGAGAACUUAACUGAUAUAGGGUUUCCUGAUAUAUAUCUGUUGAAUAUGAUAGAAUUUUGUCACUGCUAGAUUCAGGUCUAUCCAUUAGCAUUAUGACACAGAGGAGAGUUGUUUUGGUAUACGUUUUACAGGCAGAUAUGUACUGGAGUAUUUUGUUUCUUGUCAUAUAGAAUCAAUUUGCCUUUUUCAUAUACCACACACUGUACUGUAUACGCAGGUGAUUUUGAUACUCCAGUAUUUUAACUUUCAUCUCAUAUAUCACAAAAAUUUUAACUUAAUUUUUAAAUAUGCUAAUGAUAUUUAGUGUUGUGCAACAACUUGCUGUCCUCCAUAUUCUUGGAUUAAUGGACUGGUGUGAUUUUCAGGUGAAUUUUAUUUUUAAUUCAUUAACAAAAUAUAUUAGUUGAUCCCCUGGACUUGUCAUUUACAGACAAUCACAGUUAUCACAUCACCAACUGUGAUUUGAGAUUAAAUUAACGGUUUUAAGUCGCUAGUGCCUGUGAUAUAUAAAAAAGCAUUAACAGUUUCAAUGCCCUCUUGCACUGUAGGAAUAUUUCAUCUUGGUGAGUCAAUGGUGACUUUGAGUAUUUGAAUCUUGUUGAUAGCUUCUAUCUUGUUGUUCACUGACAAGAUUCAGUACAGGAUGAGUGAGAAAUAACCGACACAUUUUGUGCAUGGUAAACAGAAAAUGAUAAGUGGAAGCAGCAUCAAUUGUAUUCAUGUUUGUCUUGUUGGAAAGAAAUUCAGUUUUGAGAAGCAGUAUUAGCUUGUAUCACUGUGAUUGAAUGACACUUGCAAUGAAAGUGUUAUUACAAAAAAAUUAUAUUUGUCAUUAGAGAACUUUUGUAACAUAUCAUUACAGAAGUUUGAUAAUACUGUAUCAUAUUUAAUUUCAGGAUUUAGAUCAUAUAUGAGUCAUUUCAAAAUAUGGGUGUUGGAAGUGUGGUGCUAAUUUUGUAAAGACUAAUAACAAAAGGUGACGUGCAGCAUUAAAGGAUAUAUACCGUGAUUAAUUAACAGAUGACCGUGAAGUAAUUAAGAUGAGGGGAUCAUCACGGGAAAACAAAACAAAGGUGACGACAAUCAAUGAGGUGUGUUGUUGUGACCAUGUUUUAAAGACUGAUAAUGUUCACUUAUUUUAUGAAUGUUGAAAGGUGACAGACAAAAAACUCAACACAGCACUAAAUAUUGAACCAUGUUAGGAUGAAAGUUGUGUGUUGUAGCCCCUCUAGUAUCAACCCCUCUUGUAGUGAUACCCUGAUUGAGAGAAUUAACCUGCAGCUCGGAAAACUUAUUAAAGAGGUAUAUUUCAGCUUGGGAAACUUAUUAAAGAGAUAAAUUUAACUCUGGGACCUUUUUAAUGAAUUUAUGGAAACUUGGAGAUGAUAACUGUAACCAGUUAAGUCCUUCUAAAAGUUUUAUGUAAAGCAAGUUAGCUAUAUGGCAGAAAUGUGAAAUGUUAUCUAACUUUGAUAUUAUUCUCAAAAAGGAAAAAAAAAUAAAAAUUCAUGCCCAAACUUCUCCUGCUUAAUUAUAUAAACUUUUUUCCCCAAGCUGGACUUCUGAUAUCCCUUCCUGUUCAAGAUAUUGCAUUGCUUAUAUAAAAAGUAUUGGUGUUACAUAAAGAAUUAACAUACCCCAAGUACCACAGCUGAUCUCCGCAAAUUUUGUAUAUGUAAUCUCAUUGUUUUAUGUAAAUAUUGUAUAUGUUUUAUUUGUAUUACUUUCGUUAACUUCUUUUGUAAUACAUAGCAGACAUUAGUAUAGUCAUAAAAAAAUAGGGCUUGACAUUGAACUUUGAUUUUAUUGUGUAUAGGUAAAUGGAUUUAACCCCCCCCCCCCUCCCUUGUUAUAGUACAGUAGUUAAAACAACUAUCUGUGCAGGUGGGGGUCGAUAUGCUCCGAAAUUUUACGUGUGACCAGUGACAGCCCUCAUAUACCAAAAUUUAUCAUCCAUGGUCUUGUAUUGUUUCCCACAAAGUAUGCACAGAUAGUUGUUUUAGCUACUGUACAGUAUGUAUAUACAGGGUGUCCUUAAUGCUUGGUGUAGAAAUAAAUUGUCGUCUGGUCAUUAUUUAUAUAUUUUCCAAAAACAGAAAGUGUAUACUGUACUGGGUAUCAUGUGAGUUUCUUUAACAAGUUAUACUAAACCUUCAUGUAUAGUGCCUUCCAUCAUUAUCGGUUAAUAAGUGAUUGUUGAUGAUUCAAAACAAUGACAGAUAUUGCUGUGACGUAAUCACCAAUCCACGUUUUAAUUAAUUACUUUCCCGUUUUUUUUUUGCGAUCAGGAGUUGUCUUCAAGUAUAGUAUUCCCCAGAGUUAAAAUUUAAAGAAGACAGAUCACCUGAGUCAUUCUACCAUCCUGCGAGUGUCUCAACCAGGGAAAUGUACACACUAAAAAGAAAGAAAACAGAACCAAGUUGCAAUGAUAUAAAUGCCCCAGGUAUCUGUAAACUCAUAAAGAGCAUGUACUGUACUAAUAAGAUUAAAUUAUUUCCACCCAAACAACUAAACCAGAAAAGUUCUUUGAAACCUUCAGGAGUUAGAGUUCACAAUCUGUAGACCCUGUUGCGUGACAAACGGAUGGAAUACUUUAAUUCAGGAUGGUCCCUUCCACAUAAUUAUUGGAUUUCAUAAAGAUUAAGCGUCAGUCAUCCCUGAACACCUUGUGCUGUACAUACAACGGAACUCCUAGUAAACAUUGCUGAUGAUUUACCCAAUGACUGCAUUUUUGACACUGACCACCUUUUCUCUUGUUACUAUACCAGUACUGUGUAGUAUUUCUUAUGUGUUUGAGGCCCUUAUGAUUACCUGUGUAGUACAUUCAUUAUCACAGUUUCAGGAUUCACAAAUGUAAGAUUAUGGUACAUUCUCAAAAAAAAAAAAUAUAUAUAUAUAUUUAUUUACUGAUAGCAUUUAGCUUUAAAAUGGGGCACCUGUCUCUACCUUAGCAGUGCAUUAAGGAUUAUUGUAAUUAAACUGUACAGUAGAAAAAUAUGACCCCAUAUUGGGUAUACAUCUUGUAAGUUCACAUACAGUAUUGGUAAUAGUACAGUAUUUAUACACUGUGCAGUACCAGCAAAAGUUAGUGUUCAUCAAUUUAAUCUCAAUAUCACAGUUCUCUUGUAUAUUUUGUGUAACAGCUUGGUAGUCAUAAGGGAAACUUAACAGUCAUUACAGAAGUACAGUACAGUACCGUACCUUGUUUAAGUUCAUCUUCUUGCUUGUUCCUUAUAUGUAUUUUGAGAGAUACAAGGUGCAGGCAUAUAAUUUUCUUUGUACAUUUUAUAUUUAAUAUGUACCAGAAGUAAUGUUAUUUUUAAUUAAUGUCAGAAUGCAAGCAACCCCCCCCCCACCCCCCUAUAUGGUAACCUACCCUGAUAACUUACCAUAAACAAUUAGACAUCUCAAUGUCAAGCUCUACAACACCAUUAAAAAUGUGAAAUACAUUCACUUAACUGAAUUGUAAGACACAGCAAUCACUGCCUUUAUUUUAGUUAAAACUUAUCAUAGAAUCUGUGUGAGGAAUAUUAUAUUUGUCACAUAUAUGUGCACCAUCAGCUUGCAAGGGUGACAAGCUACAGCUAUAGCUUUAAGUUUAUGUCGAAAAUGGUGAUGAAGAUGUAGCAUUCUUUUGUUUUUUAUAAUGCUUGAGUGUUUGCUUCCUCUGCAGUAUCAAGGAUUAUAUAUAUUGUGAUUUUUUUAUGAAAUAUAAGAGUUAUACUCAUGAACACAUUAACCUGAUCAUUGUGACUGAUACAGGAAGCUGUUGAUAAUAUCCUCGUAUUGUAUUAUAUUCUGUGCCCGGUACAGGUACUACUGUGGUGUGGAGAAACUUCUUGCAUACAUUAGAUGUUACAUCAUUUUAAAUAUUCUCGGUGUACUUUUAUAUAUAAAUACUGUACUGCUGAUUUUUAACCAUCAUGGCACUCAUAGUCUUCAUGUAUAUGUAAUGUUAUAUACAACAGUUCAAAAGGAUUUAGUUUGAUGAGUAUGCUUAUAAUUUAGGCAGCUCAGGGUUAUGCCUAUUGUGAGUGACAAAAAAUUUGUAUACCCAGACCUUUGGAUCCUGGGCCAGAGGUCUGUUUUUCUGUGCCUGAAAUUCUAGGUGGCAGUAAUAUUUUGUUAAGACUGUAGGUGAUGCACAGUACUAAGCAACUUGAGUCAUUUAAUAGCUUCAAUAAGUUAGGUCUACCAUUUUAUGAACUUGCACCAAAUGUCAGGCAUAUAGUGGAUACUAGGAGGGCAGUUGAGGUGACAAAUGUAUCUUGCUUUGACCGAUGCAUUCCACCUCACAAAGGUCAUGAUCACAAUCUUUUAAAGGUGGACCAGGUACAGUCACCCAAAAAAGUUCUGUCGCGAACCACAAACCCCGAAGCAGUAGACACUGAUACAUUAUUCUGUCCAAAAAUGCUUCGGAUUUAAGAGUCUGAAUCUCGGGGUUCAUGGUUCGCGACAGGACUUUUUUUGGUGACUGUACACCAGGUGUCCUCUGAACUCUGCUGUAGGUAAUACUGUAAUGUGUUGUAAUAUACAUCUUUGGUUUAUAUGAUAUUAUCUUGUUUUAUAAAGAUAAUUUCCUGCUAUACAAAACAGUGCUAACAAAACUGCAUGUAGCAGAGAAGGGCACUGACCAAGGAACUUAAUUUCACUCAUUUGAAAUACCCUGUUCAAAAGUAUUUAUUGUACCACCAAAGCUAAUAAUUGUUACUAAAUGCUGUUUUAAAGUUGCCAGUUGACAGUAAUAAAGGAAAAUUUAUUCUCUUGACUAAAUAAAUAUGAUUAUAUUAAGAGAUGCCAAGUGUUGCAAUAUACCAACACUUCACGAUGUCACACUAAUGUACAGUUAGAUGGCUGAUGGCAGAGUCUUCAGGCCGAGAGUUUUAUGUGUCCCAGGAGUAUCAGUAAUUAUUUAAAGCAGCGUCAAGAGGCUAGAGGAUUAUAAUAGUUGUGACCAAAUGAUAUUGGUUAUUUUGGCUGUUUGUAGGAAUUAUGCAACUUUAUAAUAAUAUUGUACUGUAAAUCUUUGGUUCUGUACAGGGAAGCAAAAGUGCAGUUUGUAUAUUUUGUGUUUCUUAUUAUUUAAUCAUACUUUUGCAUUUUUUGCUGAGGUUAUUCCACAAUUGCUUAUUUGAUACUUAUGUAUAUAGUAGGUACAUGUAUGAAUAAACAAUUCCUGUCCCA